AUGGCGUUCUACGACUCCUCUUCCGAUUCGGAAGAUACACCUCCCCCCAUCGUCUUCGACACUGGGAAAGAGGUGAUACCGUCCUUGACCCAGCCGAGCAGGGAGGACGACGACGACGACGACCAUACGAAGGACACCAUGGCUCCCAUACCGGUGGAAGACAGUAUGAAGGAGCUUCACGUACCCACCCAUCCGAUCUCGUCCAUGCAGGGAGCCUUCGCAGAAUCCAUGGUCGAAGUCGCUGGAGGCGCGUCGGGCCACCCGCCGAAGAACACAAGGGAUGCUGUCGCGAGGAGGAAAUACCUGUUGGGUCAAGACAUUCACGAGGAGACUCACGCGUCCAAAUGGCGACAGAAGCCAGGACAACAAUACCACGAGCUCUGGAAAUUGAUGGCCCAGACCUCGUUCGGCAUCUAUUUGCUGCUGAACGGAAUCGCGAAAGAUGAGGACCAGGUUAUGUCCAUUCUGCAGGGCCAUGUGGAUGAGGUGGAUGAGUUCCUGGAGACUACACUCGAGGAUUUUGAUCUGGCCCAGAACGAUAUAGACGAGCGGCUGAAGCUACUGAAACUACCUCUUCAAAACAUCCACAUCUUCGAUGCGAUGCUAGAAGAUCGCACUUUUCGGAGUCAGAUUGUAACGGGAAAUGAGAGCAUCGAGCAUGUCAUUACCCGCACUGCGGCCGCCAUGAACGAUGCUCUUAAGGAUGUUCAGCAGGGCUUGGAUGCGGUCAAAGAAUUCACAAUAUAUUUAGCCCGGGCGCAAGACACUUCGAUGCGGAACGAGGAACGGACCGAUAUGAAAAAGGUCUUCCAAGCAAUGAAAGGGAAUGUUGAGGGUUGGUACAAAGCAUAUGUUUCAUUACAGACCAAAGGGAACCACCUCGCUGCUGCGUUGGUGCAACUGGGAAGUAUCGUGGCAGAAAUGGACAAAAGGGCAGCCGAUAUCAGUCGGAAACAGAGGUUCAGCAUACCUAGCACAUCUUCAACGCCAAGCUCCCCGGCAGCAUCUUCCCGCCAGUCCCGUCAAAUGCGACUGUCAAUGUUGAGGGAACUCCCUACAGAUCCAAGCCCUAUAACGCCCGCCAUUAGAGCAGCUCUACCUGCCUUCCAAAUGGUCCAGGACCGCGAGCGAACGCCCGAACCAAAGGCAAACGUGCCGAGCUCAAUCUCAAAAGUCGACACCGAAUCCAGCGGCGUUGCCGAACCAGAGCCCGAUUUCAUCUUAAAACCACAUACAUAUAGUCCCGUCCCGUCUCCAAAACCCCAAACUCCCCGCGCAGAACAACAAUCUCCCGUACAGCAACCCCUUCAAGAGAAAUCUCCACCCCCAGAAGUCCGCCAAAGGACGUCUUUGCGGAAUCGCUUCUCUCUCAAGCGCAAGGAAACACCCUCCGAAGUUACGCUCAAGGCUCCGCCUACGCCUACCAAUGAUAACUAUUGGGGACCACGUCAGAGAGUGCAAUCGGCCUCCAAAUCUUCAUCCCAGGAACAAGAUAAUAAUACUGUUAAUUCACCCUCGUCACGAGGCCUCGACUCCGCAUACUGCUCUGAUUACGAAAAGCCUUCUCCAUCAACUACCCUAAUAUCCACCCCAAUGUCAAACCAGUUCAACAAUACACCUCCAAUUCCACCUCGAGAUCCUGGGCGUAACGCGCCUGGGGAACUUGCAGGCAGUUCAUUUCCUACUCCGCCCUUGACGCAAGACUCCCCUCGAUCUGAUCGGCAGUUCUUCCGCCCUGUCAACGCAUCUCCGCACUCACCUCUUCAACGACCCUGGACCGCAGCCCCAAGUAAUAUAAUGCACAUCCAUAGUAAUUCUUCGUCUUCAAAUCUCUCAAAUCUCCGGUAUGGUCAUACACAUACGCCUUCACAGCUCGGAGAUAGAGGAGGGGCUCCGAGCACGAUGGGCAUGACAAUCGCGAGCGAGAUGACUACGAUGACGGAAGGCGGAAGGAAAGUGAAGAAGAAACGCAGCGCUUUUGGAUGGUUGAAAAAAGCAUUUAGCUUGAGCGAGGAGGAGAAAGCCGCCUUUGAGGAGCGGACAAAGGCCCGCGAUCAGAGUUAUAGGCAAGGAUACUAUGAAACCACACCCCGGAAGUGGGUUGAUGGGAAGAGGAUUCGCUAG